AUGAGCGAUAACGUGAUAGAAGAAACUCUGCCCCCAACGGACGAAUCACCAGUUCAAUCUGAACAACCAUGCGAUAGAAACGAGGAGGGAACUUCUGCGAAUGCAGAUGGCGCUAGUGAAGAACAGGAGAAAGCUGGUGAAGAUCACGAACCACCCAAGAAGAAGUCGAGGAAAAGUUCUCCUAAAAAAGCAGAAAAGGCAGCAACGAAUAGCCAAGAUAAAUAUCCUUUCGCGCGGUCGCGAGGAAUUCGAAUCUUCAGUGACAGAGAGAUCGAAUCCCAGGACGCCGAAAUGACUAAAGAAUACUGGCGAUUCUGGAACGAUACAGCUGAGGAGCUUUGCAGCGAUCGGGCCUACAACGAUUGGGGAAAGCGGGAUCUGAAACUGUAUAUCGAUGCUGCUUGGAUCAUACAUAAGACUUAUUUACAAGAACUUCGUGAAAGGGAGUUAGCUGAGUUGCUGCGAGAGCUUCAGGAGAAGCACGGUUAUGCAGAGUUACCUCAGAAACUGAAAACCCAAGAUCAUGCAGUUACAAAUGCACUUUCAAAGGUAGGAACUUUAUUUCUGCAGAUUUUUGUUGUUGUUGUUGUUUUUUUUGGAGAAUUAACCCUAUAGUAUGGCAGAUUGUCGUGCAUGCAAAAUAGAACAGAGGUCAAAGUUUAUGACAACCCCGCAGCCCAGUGGCUUUUUUCUUUUGUUUGUUGAUAUCAUGACAACGUCUUCCCAAUGAGGAGUAUUUAGACAAAUUAAUUUCUGCAUUACUAAUCAAUGAAUGGAUAUUUGGUAUAUAUGACCCUCUGAACGUGAAUGUACCUAAAUGUUAGUUUGGCAGAUAGAUUUCUGGAAUAUAUAGCAGCUGGUAGUUAUCUCUUUAUUAUUUUACUUAAAACAAUAGUGAAUAAUUAAUAUUUUAUUAAUCUAUUCAUUACAUUUAAUUUUUUUUUAAUAAUUGGGAAUAAUGAAAUCAUUAGCUUCAAUGCUGCUCCUUAUAAUUUGUCCCAAACUAAGUUAUGAUCUGUGUAUUGUAUUAAUUUUAGUCUACCUUUAUGCUUCAUUAAGAAAUUAGGGAGGGUAGGGUGUUUGUGGAAAGUACUGCAAUAUAUAUAGUAUUGAAACCUUCAUCCACCGGUCACGGAAUAUCUUGUGUUCAACAAAGAGUCCUUGACUACACGUAGUGGUCAUAAUGUUCAUGAACAUGCAGAAAAUUAAUUGCCACAUAAUUGGUCCUUUGUUAUAUCAAAGUCUUACGUAAAUAAUACAUGCAAAAUCACAAAACGAAAAAAAUUCAGAUUAAAAUAGUGUGAAAAAAGAACACAAAGUGUUUGAAGAUUCUAGGCUAGUUUUUAGCUGGUGCGGAGCUGGGCAUGUCACUAAAUCAUUGACAACAUACCAAACUUGACUUCUUGUUAAAAAAAACUACUAUUUUACAUGGUAGGUACAUGUACAUUAUUAAUGCUCUUCCUUAGUGGAGCCAUUGUCAGCUAUCAUGUGUGGGCUUUUAUUACUUUACAAAUUUGUCUUCCCUGAUUAAAUUCAGCAUUACCGGUAUUUUCUUUCCUUUCAAGUUUUUAGUGUGUAUAAUUUUUCAUGUUUGUACCAUUAACAGAAUUUCCCAUUAAUUGCAGCUUCAAGACUCCACAGCCAACUUGAAUGAGCUGAACAUGGAGUUAUCACGCACCAGAGGUAAGGCAAUGAACCUUAAGCAGCGACCAGUCAGUGAUGCUUUUCCUGACAAACAAAAGGAUGAAGAAACAAGAGCAAUGAACAAACAGAUCAGCGAGUUAGAGAAAAACCUCUACGAAGGCAUGUCAGAAGUGAAGAGGGAUCAAGAUUCUAUGAAGAAAGCUCUAAACAGACAGAAAACUUUGGUGUUCAAAGCACGCCAAGAACGCCCACUGGUUGGAGACAGUUAAGAUGUUGUUGUUGAAGUAAUAUAGGAAAUAAUACAGAUUCUUGUGGAAAUUAGUAGUCUGUUUUAACAGUUAGAUACUUCUGGAUAAGGUUAGUCUCAUUAUUUUUAACAAAGUGUGGGUGACUGAUGCUUUUUCCAUGGACAGGCAAGCAG